AUGACGAAACGACAGCAAAAGAUGCAAGAAAAUGCUGCAUCUGCUGUUGUGAUAGCUAAACUUGCUUCUGUGGAGCCAUUAGAUCCCGUUGUUCAGGCUCGUGUUGAUAUGUACAAGAUGAAGACAGACGAGUUGACACAAACGUACUCGGAGCUCUUGGUUUCUAAACACGAAAGUGAUGCGGUUAUGCAAGACAUUUAUGGAGCUAGACUAGAUUGUGAUUUGGACGUUAUUGUUGAUUUGGACAAAGCGCAAGAAGCAUUGACUGCGACGUGGCAGAAGCUUCGAGAUCAAGCGCUUGCCACUUUGAACGUUGUUGACAAAGUUGUAACGCCUGUCAUUGUCGAAUUUCCUCACGAAGUUAAGUGUUUGAUCGUCAAAGGUAUUCAGGGGCGGUCUGCAAGUCUUUCAGUGGUGUGUGGAGAGCUACUUGCUGCAUUCAAGAAAGGAUUGAAAACAGAUGAUGUGGAUAGGAAGAACACAAUAACGAAAAAGAGUGGAUUUGAUACUGAUACAGUAGACCGUGCGGCAUUUCUGGCGAUGGAAAUGGAGAUCAAGAUGCUGGCACAACGCACACCACACGGUGUUCGUCCUGCCAAGGCCAAUGUUUAUGAAGACACUAGCGUCGCCGCAUUGUGGGUGUGGGAGGUCGGCAGCUUAGAAAAGUACUUUGGAGAUGAAGCACAAAAGAUGAUUAAGCGUAUGCGCAAGCAUCGCAAGCGUCUUGGGCAGCAAUUGAAAGCAUUGGCAAAGGUGGUCCAACUUUUGCAUCAGAAGCCUGUAGAUGAGACGAAAGUGAGUGCUGAAGAGGCAAAAGUUGGAAAGUUUGGGCUUGUAGUGGCUACUGAAUUACGAAAGGCGAAGGAUCGAGAGGCGAAAGAGCUAGAGAAACGUAAUGCUGCUGAAGAGAAAAAGCGGCUUGAUCUAGAGCGCCAGGAGGCGAAGAGUGAGGAGAAACGGAAACGUGACCGCGAAGUGGAGGAGAAGGAGCUCGAGUCAUUCAAGGCACAAAAGAAAUUCAAGUCUUUUUUUGCAGCUGCUGCAGCAAAUGGCGCUCGAGACAUCGUGGAUAUGAAAGGUGACCAGAAUGCAGAGAAGACUGCUGACCCCGUGGAAAACAAUAGUACAAAGAUUGCUCGCAUGGAUGCAACAAUUAGUUUCUUGAGCUGUACUGGGGCUGCGUCAACCUCGGAAGCCGUCUUUCUCCCGCAUCAGUCAGUUUUCUCGUCACUGAAGCACAAACGAAAUGGGACAAGAGAAGCAGACCUACACUCUGCUCUGAGCUGGAGUGGUCGGCGCCAUUGCGACCCCAAGUUGGGUGUGAUGAAGUUACUACAGUUUUACGAGAACAAUCGGCCAGCAUACUAUGGUACCUUUAGCACACGAAGCCGGCUAUUCCAUGGCGGCCGCCGGCCAUUCAUACGACAUCCCAAGUUUGACUACACUAUCGAUAGUGAUGAUGAGUGGGAAGAGGAAGAACCUGGUGAGAGCUUGUCAGAUGAUGAGAAUGACGUUGACGAGUCUGAUGAGGAUAAUUUGGACUACGAUGACCAGUGGUUAGCUUAUGAGGAUGAGGUGGACUAUAUGGAUGACGCUGGAGAAGACGUUGAUCUGACCGGGCGCGGUGAAGGACCAUCGUCACCGACAAAACACAAGCUACCUUCGCAGCUCCAGCAGAAGCGGGUAAAGGCAAAAGCCGUCAAACCAGCAAAGUUAGAGCCUCAGAUCAUUGGUCCGUUCUGGUUUGUCCACCACGAAAGCGAUAACCAAACGGAUGGUCCUUUUCCUGGGCUUGUUGGUGAACUGUUAGUCGAGCCGGUAUUUGAGUCCAGUUUACUGCGAAAAGCUCGUGAAUAUGAAGAAGAGCAAAAGGUGAUUGAGGCCAUGCGUCUAGAACAGCAGCAGCAGAAAUUACGGAACUCGAAGAGCAAAAGACGAUGCAUGAGGUCAAGAAGGCUGCUGCAGUACCAUUAA